AUGGACAAGAAGAUAAAAUCUGCUCAGCACAAAAAACUCGUCGCAGUGGAAAACAUUAAGGCGCUGGAGCGCUUUAAGCAGAACUUCAAACCCGAAAAUGUAGGUGAAAUCCCGGAGGUUAUGGAGGGUUUGGAGCAACACAGACAGGACUUUUUUGCCGCGGUGGCAAAGCUGGAAGAGUAUGACGACACCAGUGAUGCGAUUCAAGCCUGUAUUACUGACAGGAUCGAUAUGGAAGAGCGCUGCCGGCGGCUAAAAUCGUUCCUUAGAGAAAACCAGCGGAAGGAAGCCAAUUCGCUCGACGACUCCUUAUUGGCAAACUCAACCCUAGCGUUUGGACGGCCAAACACAUCAAACAUACGUUUUCCCAAAAUCGAAUUACCAACGUUCGACGGUGAUUCGUCAAAGUGGUUGUCAUUCCGCGAUCGCUUUGUCGCGAUGAUUGACGCAAGUGCCGAGCUGCCGCCAAUUGCAAAACUGCAGUACUUACUUUCGUCCCUGAAACGAUACGACAACUCACGGAUGCUCAUUCGCGAGUACUGGCGACGGCUACAUUUCCUACCUGCGAUUGCAACAGAAAGUGUCGAUGGCUUGACGUCGUUGGUAGAUGAAUUCGUGCGAUAUGUGAAUGGGUUGCAGAAGCUGCAUGAACCUGUCGACUCAUGGGACACGCCUUUGUCCAACAUGUUGCUGAUGAAGCUGGACAAUGAGACCAUUCUGGCGUGGGAAAGGCAUUCUGUGCAUAAGAAAAAGGAUAAGUACAGCGAGUUGAUCGAAUUCCUGCAAGACCGAAUCCAAAUCCUAAAAUCGAGCCAGAGUAUCUCGUGCGAUCGGAUUGUGGUUCCGUUCAAGGUGGCCGGGGCAUAUCGGCCCACCGCACCACGGCGGUCGGUAACCAACGCUGCUUCUGUGCAAAGGAAUACUCCCGUUUCAUCGACCAUUCAACAAGUGAGCUGUCCAUUGCAGUGUGCAGAUCAUCACCUGGUUCGAAAUUGCCCGGUAUUUUUAGCCAAAAAUACUCAGGAGCGGCGGGAAAUCGCACGGUCAAAGGGAUUGUGCUGGAAUUGUCUCAGUUGUUCCCAUCAAGUGAGAUCGUGCAAAUCCGAGUAUUCUUGCCGUUCGUGCAAGGAACGGCAUCAUACGCUGCUUCAUCAACCACCACAACAACCUACAGUCGCUUUGUCAGCCCAAUCAGAUGAUGAUAUGGUGUUUCUCGAGACGGCUAUAGUGUUUAUCGUAGACGAUUAUGGAGAGAAGCAUGAGGCACGGGCGCUCCUGGAUUCGGGCUCCAUGUCCAACUUCAUUUCGGAUACGUUAGCUCGGAAGCUCAUGACACCUCGAACGAGAGUUAAUGUAUCAGUGUCUGGCAUCGGAACUUCAAGGCAGCAGAUAAAGGGUUCGACCACGGCGAUCGCUCGUUCAAGGAACCUUCAAUUCACCACCCCAUUGGAGUUUCUGAUCCUGGAUACACCCUCGGCGGACAUUCCCACCUCACCAAUCAACGUGUCUACGUGGAACGUCCCGGAUGUAACGCUAGCAGACCCCACGUAUCACAUCCCAGGCAAGGUCGAUGUGGUCAUCGGUGGCGAUACGUUCUGGGAGCUGCAUACCGGACGCAAGCAAUCUCUCGAUUCGGGUCUGCCAUGGUUGGUAGUGUAG